CUGAUUUUACCACGCAAGUCACUAACUUUAGUCGACAAUUUUACCCUGUAACACAUAGUACACGGCUCCUGCAAAUACCAAUCUAUAUUUUAUUCCAACCCAAUGUACCAUUCAAUAAAUAUGUCGAGCGCGUAUAAAAAACCCUGUUUUUAAAGUCAAUAUGUUUUUCAUACAAAUCAAUACGAAGGACUUGAUUAUGUAUUUAUCGUACGUUCUGUUUUAAAUAUGUAAUAAAAUAAUGAAAAGUGAGUGAGAGAAAGAAAAUGUUAAAUGACGCACAGGAAGAGUUAGCACAAUCUUUACCAAGAGCUAAUUAUCGCAUAAAUGAAGCAGAAAAUGUGAAAAGUUCACUUAUAGUUGUAGAACAUAAGGGUGAUUUGUGGACAUGUGCUCUAAGAAAGAUCUGUUUGACUGCUCUCUGGCUUCCACUAGGCGCUCUAAUAUUUUGUUACGUGACAGCUUCCUUAUUCCAGGCAGAUGACAUUCAUGAAACCCACUGUCGGGUUUAUAACGUAGUACCAUCAAUAAGUGCAAUUACUGGGAUAAGCCCUCAAAGGUACGUCUGGAGGAUAUGCAUCGCCUACCACCUAGGACCAAGAUUAUUGAUAGGAUCUCUAUACUUUAACUACCAUAAAGAACGCACUUUGCACAUAACGGAUGAACAGAUGCGAUUGACGGCAACUAAACUGGGAAAAGCUUGCUAUUGGCUAAAUUUGGUGGAAUUGUUUGCUUUGACGGGUGUUACGUAUGUCUCUAAUAGAGAAAAUUAUUUCAUUCACGAGAAGAUCUUCAUAAUUUUUAUGGUGGCUUCUCUAUUACAUAUGUUAUGUAGAGCAAGAAUUGGAUGUAUCGCAAAUGACGUUUUGGAGCCCGUACGGACCAACAAAAUUGUGUGGAACCUAUUCUUCAUCGCAAUAGCAGCUACUACAGGAUUAAUUAUUUUUUUCUUGAGACAUCGCCUUCUCUGUAGACCGCUUGCUUUCACGUGGUUUUCUGUGUGCGAGUACAUUUUGGCCACAACGAAUAUGGUAUUCCACGCGAUUGUCGUCUUGGACCUGCCUUUUCACGAAGUAAAAGUAGUUUAUUCAGAACGCAAGAGCAAUUAAUUUUCUAUAAAUUAUAUUUACUAAUAUAAGCCCUACUGACUAUAUUCUGCACGUGUUGAGUGUUACAAUACAGCACAAUUGUGUAAUGUUUGUUUAAACAAUUAGUAUUAAAGUUCAAUUACUUUACCGCCUAUUUUCUAGUAAGCUGUGUAUUGUUAAGAAAAUUUACUUAAUUUUUAAUUAGACAUACUUAUCCACGGCACUUAUUUGAUUAGCACAGACAUUUUAAUUGUACGAUUCGUGUUCGUAUUUCAAAAUGUCACUGUCAAACGAUUUAUUUCCUGUGAAGUUUGAUCGUUGACAGAUUUCAAGGCGCGAUCGGCGAUUGUUUAUUGAUAUCCGUUUUGAAAUACGAAAUAACAAUAAUGCGUAAGUAUUAAAUAUUUUUAGGGUUCUAGGAUUAUUCUUUUGCUUAAUUAGAGAUUAAAUAUUUGUCUUUACUGCUAGUAUUCACAAUUUAUUUGUAUUAAUAAUUCAGUAUUGAAAAAUACCCUAUUCGUUUAAAUACGUUUUAACACUACACAGAAUAUAUUGUAUUGUAAAUUAUAUAAAUCAUAUCUUAUAUUCUAUUAUAUUUACAAAUAUAGUAAUAAUUAUAUUUCACUUAUAUGUAAUUAAUUUUAUUAGAUUAGUGGAAUUUACAUUAUAAAUUAUUUUUGUUUUGAUGAAAAAAAAUCGAAUAAGAUUAAUAAUUUACAUUUAUGUGUGCCUUAAUUAAGCACACGCUUAAACACAAUUAUAUCUUAUUGUAUUUGUAUUACCGAGAUAUGAUCCAUGUUUUUCUAUUUUAUAUUCAGUAAUGCGUAAAUGGAUGAUAAAUUUAACACGCGUAAAAUGUUGAAUAUGGAUUACUCGUAUUAAUUAGUAUUCUUAUGGUUUUUAUAAACCUUAGUUUCUAUAAUUGAAUAUUUUAUAUAGUUCUUAAUAGUAUAAAUUAAUCAACAUCCUAAGUCAGUACAGAGAAUAGCGAGAUUUUUUUCUCUAAAAUCUUUCUAAUUUCUGUUUAGGCGGAUUAUUAUUUUAAGAAUUCGGUCGUUGAAAGCUAUUGUUAUAUUAAAUUGUCAAUAAAUUGGUUCAGUUGAAUAAGUUAUAA